CUGAGUAGCUUGACACUGGUGGCAGGAAUGGCGGCUAAGAUUACUAGAGGAAGGAACCAAAAGAAACUUUACUUCUAACGGCCCCACUGAGGAAUUUAUUUUCAACGACACGCAGAAACACCAUCCCUUAACGGAUUAAAGGGAUACGAAGUGCUAUAACGUGAGAAUAACGCGGUAGAUGUCCAUGCUAAGGAGGUGGACGCACUUUGCGACUUGCUAGUUAGCUUAACGUCAGUGACACUGACUUUGAUUCAAGGUAGCUGUUAGCUCGAUGUGCUACUAGCCAGCUGUUGGCUACUGGGCUUGGCUGGCCCAACAAGUUAACUAGCGUUAAGUGAUUAACUGUAUGAAAACAUUCCUUAUUUGACUAUUUGAGCGGUCAUCAGCUGUCGUUGUCAACAGAUAGUGUUAGGGUCUUAACAGAGAGUGGGAUUAGACGACAACAAGAACAUUAUUACUGCUGACCUAGCUGGUGCAGUAACGCCUGAAGUCUCGCCCAUUUUUGGGAUCCUGCCCCAGCCAUUGGCUUAGGGCUAAUCAACAGCCAAGUAGUCUGGUUUUCAGGGUCGAUUUGUACUACGAUGGAAAGUCUAACGCUGACUGAUGUCGAACAGAAAUAUUACUCGGAUUUGUUCGUCUACUGCGACACGGACAACACCAAAAAAGUGGCUUCCAAUGGGAGAGUUCUUGACCUUUUCCGGGCGGCCCAGCUACCCAGCGAAGUUGUCCUGCAGAUCACCGAGCUGUGUGGAGCCACUCGGCUGGGCCACUUUGGGCGGAGCCAGUUCUACAUCGCUCUGAAGCUCAUUGCCAUUGCCCAGUCCGGUCUGCCGCUGAGGGUGGAAAGCCUCAACUCAGUCAAAGACCUGCCGCUGCCCAGGUUCGUGGUGGGGAAGAAUGAGGCAGAGGCGAGGCACGCAGCGCUGUACCAGGACGCAGACAGUCAGGGGUUGUACCCAGCCUCUGCCGCUGCAGUAAUGCCCAGACCACCAGGCCGGGGUUUCCAAAACAAGAAAGCUCCCCCAACAUCCACUUCACUUCCUGCCCACGAGGUCAUCCAGCCCCUGGUACCCAGCAUAGACCCACAGCCCGAACCGACGUCCCCCGUGGUCUCCCCUCACCAGUCUCCCCCCACCUCCCCUCCCUCGUGGAGGAAACACAAGCGGCAGCCCAGUGGAGGGAACGCAGACAGACAGCCGGUGGUGGUACCAACUGGAGCUGUGUGGACGCAGUUCAGAGAACCACAAACAGGUCCAGUGCCCGGUGAAGGCAUGUGGCCGUCCCACUCGCCCCCGCCUCUGAGUCAGGAAAGCUGGGUCAGUUUCACAGCAGACACCCCGCCAUCCAGCGCAAUCCCAGGAAUGCAUCCCUCGUCAGUCCAGGAAAGCACAACAAUACGAACUGUGGCCUCAGCAGCAAUGACCAAUGAGAUCCAGCGACAGUCCAGCGGCUACGACGAUCCGUGGAAGAUCACGGACGAGCAGAGACAGUAUUAUAUUAACCAGUUCAAAACCAUCCAGUCAGACCUCACCGGCUUCAUACCUGGUUCAGCUGCAAAAGAGUUCUUCACCAAAUCCAAACUACCGAUUUUAGAGUUAUCACAUAUUUGGGAGCUGUCAGACUUCGAUAAAGACGGAGCGCUGACCCUGGAUGAGUUCUGCGCCGCCUUCCACCUGGUUGUGGCCAGGAAAAAUGGCUACGACCUCCCUGAGAAGCUGCCUGAGAGCCUGAUGCCAAAGCUGAUUGACCUGGAUGACUCAGCAGAGGUUCCGGAGCAGACUGCUGAUGUUGGAUACUCGGGCUCCCCGGUGGAGGUCACCCCCAGCAAGUCUCCCUCCAUGCCUUCCCUCAACCAGGCCUGGCCAGAGAUGAACCAGAGCAAUGAGCAGUGGGAGACGUUUAGCGAGCGCUCCUCCAGCUCACAAACUCUGACCCAAUUUGACUCUAACAUUGCACCAGCUGACCCUGACACGGCCAUCGUGCACCCAGUUCCCAUCCGGAUGACACCCAGUAAGAUCCACAUGCAGGAGAUGGAGCUAAAGAGAACUGGGAGCGACCACAACCACCCGACCAGUCCCCUGCUGGCUAAACCUCCCGAACUGUCUGAAGAAGCCCAGUUACCUGCCUCCAUGAAGUUCGUAGCCGCCAACACUGUAGGUGAUGGUUACAGUAGUUCAGACUCCUUCACCUCAGACCAGGAGCCAAUCACAAGACAACGGUCUCAGUCGGGAACGUCUCCAGAGGCUCUGAAGGUGGUACCCCCCUCCCCCUCCCCCCGCCCCCACCCCUCUCACUCUCGGUCGUCGUCUCUCGACAUGAACCGCACCUUCGCCGCCGCGUCUGCCCCAGGACAACCACAAUCCUCUACGAUAGCUUACCCGCCCGCUGUGCCCCCUCGACCGCUACCCACACAGACAUCAGCACCACACACCGGGCAUCGUGCGGAGGCAGAGGGCGCAUCAGGAGGCGGAGCGGCGCUCACCACCACCUCCCCCCAACAGAUUCCCCAGCAGCCCAAUUUCGCCGACUUCAGUCAGUUUCAGGCCUUCGCUGCAUCUGAACAGCCUUCCAGCCUGCCGGAGGUCGACAUGCACAGUGAGCCUGGACAGGUGGAGAAGUCCUCCGAGGGAGCCGGCCCUUUAAGAACAGUCAAGAGUGACGGACAAGUAGACGAUAGAGUCUCAGCUACUGUCAACUCUGCCAAAGGUUCUGUGUCUGGUCCACUAGGGCCUCCUCCAAAACCUGUGCGCCGAAGGUUGAAAUCUGAAGACGAGCUACGACCGGAGGACGAGCAACACGGUCCACAGAAGUUAAACGUCAUAGCAGCUGUCCUGGCGACUCAGCCGUCCAUCCCCAGGUCAGUAGGAAAGGACAAAAAGGCGAUCCAAGCUUCAAUCAGAAGAAACAAAGAGACAAACACAGUGUUGGCACGACUUAACAGUGAACUGCAGCAACAGCUGAAGGACCUUCUUGAAGAGAGGAUAUCCCUGGAAGUCCAGCUGGAGCAGCUCAGACCUUUCUCUCAUCUUUAACCAACGUGAAGAGGCAAACUCAGCUGUAGUCCAUCUGAAGCAAAGCUGUGGCCCUCGGCGUGACUCUCCCUCCAUCCCUCCCUCCUCCUUCCACCAUCUCGGCUUUCCCUGGAGCCUCCGACCUGCUGCAGGGCGCUCCGUUAAUACUCUACUGCUCAACUAACACUUGUAUUAAUCAUAAACCGGAAGGACAUGAGAGCAAAGUCUUGCCAAGAGGAGGAGGUGACAGGAGCAUUGGGGGGGAUGGGGUGAAUUUUACAAACUGGCACUUUUCAAAUUUCUCUACAGAGAGGUGAACGCGAGGACAACAGCGGACUGAGAAACGGUUAGGAGUGACGGACAAGCCGCUCCAACUGCGAGUGCCGUCUGAAGACAAACUGCUGGUGUCUGAUGACUCUCUGAAUGACUGAAGUAGGAAGGCGGAGUGUGUUUGGCGUGUGUGCGUGUGUGUGUGUGACCGUUUGUGUAUUUGUGUUUCUGUUUAGUGACUUGAAGCUAGCAACAAUAUGUUUAUUCUGUCUUGGGGUGUUCUGUCGCACAAAACUCCUAAAUUAAUAGAAGCAGUUUUGUAUUUUUUU